CGCUUUUUUCUCUCACAGUUCAAGGUAGCGAAUGCAGAACCUGAAGGCGUAACGUAAGCGGCCUCCCGAGACUCUAACCCAGCCCCGAUUAAUUCACUCUUCACAGGGCAGGAUGGGCUGCGCAGAGAUCGAUGGAGGGCAGUCGUUCGGUUCUCUGCUAAAAAGGUCUGCCGAGAUAGUUCCUUUCAGAAGGAAAACGGACGAAGCGGGAGCAAGAAGUCCUGCUUGGAAAUGAAAGAAGGCAGGAGGCGAUCAGAAGCGAGGAAGUUUUGGUGGCUUCUGGUCCCACUACUUAAAUUUUACAGAGGAAAAUAACUGUUUUUUUUUUUUUAAAUCAUUGAUUGUACCAUUGCAUUUUAUUUUCUUCCGACUAGACGUGAGCGCGAGUGUCUUCGUUCUUUUAUUACAACUUUCAGGAGCCUCCAGUUUAAGAUCCUUGAACUUGAUUGUCUGGAAUCUCACAAACUCGGCUGUCCCCAGUUUUUGUGCUCUUGCAGCAAUGCCAGAAGGACCCUCUGUAAAGAAGUUUCAGUUUCUGUGUUCUCCCUAUGUAGGGAAGAUGGUAUCCAGGGUGGGAGGAAGCACUAGACAGAUCAAUCCGGAUGAUUUGAAAACACUGACACUGUGGGAUAUCCAAGUCCAUGGAAAGAACUUGUUUUUAGCUUUUGGCACCAAAGAGAAAUUAAUGCCCAGCCACGGCAACAUGUCCUCGGAUUUGUCUGAACAAAGACUGGAAAUGCCUGGAAGCAGUUCCUUCCUCCAGGACCAGAAAGAAAAUGAAGUUGAAGUGUGCACUCCUGAAUGCUAUCAACAACAAGAAUCAGCAAGUUGGUUGGCAUCUGAUAUGGAUAAUAAUAAUGGGCAGAGUUGGAAAUGGCUCCGCUUCCACUUUGGUCUUUAUGGAAGCCUGCGAGCCAAUGAGUUUGCAAGGGCGAAUAAAGCAAACAAAAGAGGCGACUGGAAAGAUCCAAUUCCCAGGCUGGUUCUACAUUUUGAUGCUGGGAGCUUUCUAGUAUUUUAUAACUGCCGCAUUCAGCAAUGCUCUUCUCCUAGCACUGAUCCAGCAAUUGAUAUCCUGAACCAGGAGUUUGACCGGGAGCGGGCUUUGAAGGUCCUUGCAAAAGAUACUCCUGUGUGCUACAUGCUCCUGAACCAAAGUUAUUUCUCAGGAAUAGGAAAUAUCAUUAAGAAUGAGGCUCUGUAUCUAGCAAGGAUUCAUCCGCUGUCCCUUGGCUCCUCUUUAGAAUCCACAGAUCUCAAAUCUUUGCUUGAUCAUGUUGUUCAGUUCAGCUUGGCAUGGCUCCACAACCAGCUGGGAAGACAGAGAUUGCGGCUACAGAUUUACAUGAAAGAUAAAUGCCCCAAAGGGCAUGAGGUAAAGAAGGCAACAUUUGGACCACCAGAUGGGUUGAAAAGACUUACCUGGUGGUGUCCACAAUGCCAGCCUCAAGUGCCACCUGAAGAGAUGGAUAUGCCUCUUGUACAAAGCACCUGAUUUGCACAAUCUCUUUGGUUGUGUGAUUUCAAGAGUUAACAUGGAAACCAGGGAACAGGUUUAUGAUUCAACAGAGAACUUGCAAGCGUAGGUACCUCUUAAAGGGAUUUAAGAUUUACAAUUACAUACUGUGUAUUGAGUUACUUGAAUCAUCACUUUCCACAGUCCAAGUAAUAGCUGGAUAUUUGUGGUUAAUAAAAAUGAUGCAAGAUCUGCAAAUGCAACAUCCAAGAUGAAGCUUGCUACCAAUGAUGAAGCUAUUUGGAAGGAGAGGAAUGGUUCCUGUCCACCUACAAUGUCAGGAAUACUCUCUAUGCUUGGACCAAGCUUGUCUUGGAUUUAUACAAGGUCAAACAUUUUUUUCAGAUUCUCAUUCCAAUAUUCCUUUAUUAUAGGAAUGAUUCACAUUAAAAUAAUUCUUUAUAAUUACCAUUGUAAUUACAUACUCUGUAUCAUAUUUACUUUUCUGAGGUAGGAUUAAGAAUCAAGAUUAUGCAAAUGAGUUUUGAUUUGUAAAUGAGGAAUCCAGUUUAUAAUUGACCUAAAAUAUUCGUAUGUCAUUAAAACAAAGACAUGGGAUUUGGCUGUGAGCGAUAGGAAGAUUCAACCCUAUUCUAGAAUUUGAAUGUGUUUAAUAUUAAGAUUAAACAAACCAAAGAUUUGAAGUUACUAAUAACAGAGAUGGUAUUUUAAAAGCUCCACUUUCUCAAUUACUCAAUAUAUAUCUUGAUAUAGUAGGGAGAAGAGGCUUAGAAUCUGGCUUAUUUGAAACCUGAAAGCUGUCUUCUACAUUGGAACUCCUGAAUUUCAUUAAAAUAUGGCUUGUGGGUUUGAAUGAAAUGUUUCUUGUGCUGAUUUUUACAUGAUUGGGGUAGUGAAAGUAGAGCAACAAAUGGUUUCUAACAAAGUUUGCCAUAUCUCAUGAGAUUAAUUUCAAAUUAUUUGGGGAAAAGUACUUAACACUUCAAAUAAUUUCAAACUGGUAUUUGUUUGUCCCUUUUUGUGUUCAUCAUCACUUAAACAAGAAUUGAGAAUGAAGCAUUUAAUUUUGACCAGAAAUAUUAUUUUUGACAGAUUUUUAUUCUCUUGUCUGAUACUAUGGAAUUUUAAAUCAUAAAACAUAACCUAGUAAGAUUUGUCAAUUUUCAAAAAAUUACAGUGUUUUGCUUUUAUAUUGGCACCUGCCAUUAGUGUGCAGGAAGACUAUUAGUCUCAAGCAAAGAUUGAAUCAAAAUAGUAAUUUAGAAGUCAGACCCCAUGUUUAGAAGUUUGCUGAAGAAAAUAAUGGGAUGGAAAACCAGGAGUAUUUUGUAAAUAUAUUAGAUGUUCAGUGGUAAGAACAAUUGGAGAGGCUGAAAAGAACCCCUGUUUCUUAAUUUUUAUUAUGUAUUUCCUAUCCCUUUGUCUAUACCCCGUUUCUUGUAGGAGCUUAGGGUAUUCAUGCAACAAUACAUAUUUUGGUACUGGUUGCUCUUGUUCUGCUUUUCACCAUGGCUUCACUAGAAGAAGUUUCAAACAGAUGACAACAUUGACCCUGUUAUGGGAUUGGAAACUAAAUAGUAUUAGGUCUGGUUAACAUCUGAAUGGGACACUAUCAGAGAAUCACAGGGAUCCAUACUAGACAUGGAUGUUAUAAAAAAAAAUCCAGGGAGAAAAUAAUGGCAAAUCACUUUCUUAUGGUUGCCAAGAACAUUAUAUGAUGUGUGCACAAAAUCACGAGGAAUCUUUUUGUCGUUACACAAAUGUUACACAAGGCCUGGCAACAGACAAAUGCAGAAAUUGGGAAGAACCCUGUCUCGUUCUAGUAUUUCACUGGUAAGGAAAAUGCUACAGUUUCAUACUUCUGGUCUCUUCAUUUACUGCAGCCAUAGUAGGCAAACAUUUGACCUCUGUUUUGUUUUUGGCUAAGAAGUAAACAGAAUUUUGGGGAAUGAUGGAAUGGGCUGAAUUUGGCCACUGGGUUAAAAAAAAAAAAGUCUACAAAGAAAUGUAGAACCUGUUGCUAUCUCCCAUGUAGAGGUCAAAUGGUUUGGAGAAGGGGAAUUUGUGAGUGAGGCUAUUAGGAUGUAAGUAAAUCUUUAAAGGUGCUGUCUGGCGGAAUGAACUGAUAUUAGGCAAUUCAAACAUUUUUUUAGGAAAAAGAUUUUUCUGUGAAAUCAAGAUGCCCUUUCUAGUGGGCAUCUAGUGAAAGUCUUUUCAAUGACUACAAAAGAGCUGUUAUAAUCUGCCUAAUUUUGUGUUUCUGCCAAACACAAGAACUUGAGGAACAGAGGCUCUACAUAAAGUUUAUUUUUCUUGACAAUUUUAUUUUUUUCUCUAAAUGUUCAGUGGUAAGAAUUGGAUGUAUGAAGGAAAUUCUAAAUAGCUCUUUGAAAUUGGCAAAGGGACAACAUAACCAGCUUCCAGAGGUAGAGAUAAAAUGAAGGUUGUCUGCAAUUGGAUUCACACAUUGCAUUAAGCUGUGCUUAGCUAUAAUGUAUUGUAUGAUGUUGGAGUCAUUGGGUUAUCUGGCCUGUUAGGCUGAGUCAUCAGCUGCAGUAGGCCAAGGUAUGAGGAAGUCAAAAGUGAAAAAACA